AUGCCUGCAACUACCACAGAGCAACUCGCAACACUUCAGAAUACGACAGUAGUCGUCCAUCCUCUGGUUCUCCUCAGUGUCGCUGAUCAUCAUGCUCGCUCUGUCUCUCGUACAUCCCAUAAACGCGUCAUUGGUGCUCUUCUUGGCCAAGAUAAUGGCAAAACGAUAAACGUUGCCAACUCGUUUGGAAUUCCCUUUGAGGAGGACGACAAAGACAGCAAAAGCUGGUUCUUGGAUCACAAUUAUGUGCAAGAGAUGUACGACAUGUUUCGAAAGGUCAAUGCCAAGGAACGUCUCAUCGGCUGGUAUCACACUGGGCCAAAAUUGCGUGCCUCAGACCAGGAAAUCAACGAUCUCUUCAAGCGGUUUGUGGCUCGACCGCUGAUGGUCAUUGUCGAUGUCCGACCACACACUGUUGGAAUUCCGACCGACGCGUAUUUUGCGGUGGAUGAGAUUAAAGACGAUGGGACGGAAACCUUGAAAACAUUUGUUCACGUGCCGUCCGCUAUCGAAGGGGAGGAAGCGGAGGAAAUCGGUGUCGAGCACUUGCUACGCGAUAUCAAAGACAGCACUACGACCACCCUUGCCACCCGCGUAGCUGAACAGCUCGCUUCACUCAGAGGACUACAGUCUCGCCUAUCCGACAUUCAAAAGUAUCUCGUCGAUGUUUCCCAAGGCACGAUGCCAGUCGAUCACAAAAUUGUCUACCACCUCCAAGACGCGUUCAAUCUACUGCCAGACCUGGCCGACCGCACUUUACGCGACAGUUUCUCGUCCAAUACUAAUGACGCGCUUCUGGUUGUCUAUCUUAGCAGUUUACUUCGUGCGGUCAUAGCUUUGCAUGCACUGGUAGACAACAAGGCAACCGUAGGACGCGCAGAACUAGAGGAUGGAUCCAAUGAAGGGAAGCAGAAGUCUGUCGUGAAGGAGGAAAAAGCUUCAGAACAUACAUAA